GGGCACGUCAAUGGACUGAUAAGAAUUGUGUACAAGGCAUUUGUUAUCAGAUGAAAUUAUGGAUGCCCAAUUUCAUGUAGAUAUUCGAUCAACUAAUAUCGAUAAUUCUAAGGGUACGUAUAUCGGUACAGGUGCGACACAGAGAAAUCUGUUAAACUAACAUUUCCUCUAUUGAAAACAAAGUUGCCAAGAAUUUACGAAGGCAAACGGCGCAACGGCUAUUUUACAAAAUUUAUUCCAUAAUAUUCAUUCUCUGAUAUUUAAAAUCCUGCAUCGAUUAGAAAAUUCUCGAUGCAAAAAUCGAUAUUCUGUACUCAUCGAUGUUAAUUCGACACUCCUAAUUUUGGAGGGUAAACAAAAAAAUCGCAGAUAGCAAGUGGGCUGGAACGUUUGAUAAUUUGAUUUUAAGCCCGGAGCAAAUCGGCAAUGCAAGCUAAUCACAUGAUAAACAUUUAGACGACAAACACUGGCUUUCACAAAAACAACAAAACUGCUGCAGAUUGCCCUAGUGUCAUUGAUAACCCCUGGCACCCAAGUGGAUGCUUGAUUUUAAUUCCAUGCUCAAGCAGCAGAUAACUAAUGCGGCACUAGUUGGAGUAGGUAAUUGUUGAUAAGGCGUGACAAAGAGGGCAAUUCAUGCAAAAAUUCAAAAGUAAAGCACAGUAUACAGUAGCGGUUCGAUCACAGCAAGGUGCGGAGCGUGCUUAAUAUAGGCUGUAUUUUAUUUAACAAUCAUAAUCUAAGAAAAAUGGCCACAACCGUUCGGAACCCAUUGAAGAAAGUUUUGCGGCAACGCAUGAAGACCGAGGUCAUACCAUCUAUAAGCGCCGAGUCAAUAGCUCGACAAUCGAGGGCCAUUUACGAAAAGGUGAUCGCCUCUGAGGCCUUCCGUCAAGCGAAAGAUGUUAGCAUAUAUCUAAGCACUGGCAGUGAAGUAGAUACGCUACCUUUGCUACGUGAGCUCUUCAAUCAGCAGAAAAAUGUUUUUGUGCCCACGUACAGCGGCAAGCUUAUGGAAAUGGUGCGCGUCAAAGAUUGGGCGGACUACGAGGCGCUGCCACUAACCAAAUGGAAUAUAAAGCAACCUAGUGCAAAGGAGGGACGUGAGAAUUCGCUAACAAAUGGUCGCGGCAUUGAUCUGUUCUUGAUGCCCGGUGUUGCCUUUACGCUAAGUGGCGGUCGUAUGGGUCACGGCAUGGGCUACUAUGACAGCUUUUUGCACCGGCAUUUUAAUAUUUACCCUGAGAAGAAACCAGUACUAAUGGCUUUGGCAUUCCGUGAACAAAUCGUAGACGAAAGUACUUUGCCGCUAGAUCCACAUGACGUGCGACUUACAACUGUAAUUACGGAAUAAUGAGCGCACUGAAUUUAGUUGUAAAUUUUUGUAAAUAGUAUAUAUGUACACAGAGAUUCACGUUUACUUAUGUGUGUUUAAAUGUACUUUUAUAUUUUUAAUAAAAAAGUUAAGUUAACUUAAAUUA